CUCUCCCAUUCUAAACCCAAAAACUUUGAAGCCGUCGACCUCCUAGUCUCAUAUUCUAAUUUAUUUUUUUCUAUCUGUUCUGCUGUGUGGGUGUUCCUGCUACAAUUUCUCUGCUCUUCCUCUGUUUAUUGUAGUCACUAGAUUUGAACUCAUCAACAGAAGAAUUCUGUUUAAUUUUGCACUGCUGACUGCUCAUGCCAAUCGCACACUUAGAAUUAUGCACAACACAACCUUAAGUAGCCCUGAAUUUCACUUGUAAGUAACAACUGUUCUAAACUUGAUUUCCAAUAUAUUUAGUUGCUGUUUUUAUUGGAUUGAAAAGCUAUUGAGGGGAUAUGAAGCCAAAAGAAUUAGCUCUGAUGUGUCUAGUUGAAAGUUUCGGUUUAGCAUCUGACCAGAACUUGUCUGAAGUUCUUGCUGAUUUGGUGUCCAAUUUUGCAGACCUUGGCUUUAUGAUUUGUCUUUACUUUAUGGUUCUUAAACCUUUUGAUAUCCAAAUUCUUGUUUCUUGAGGAAUUUUAAUUCUCUACAAGUGAGUUAAGUAAAUUUUUGGUUUUGCCAAUGGUUCUAAACUAAGGUUUUAAAAGCAGAUUUUUAAAUGGUUUUGAGAGGUGGUGGCAGGACCUAACUUAAUUUAUGUUGAUAUGGGCAUGGUAUGCUUUGAUAUUAAGUUUUAUAAUUGUUAUUUAUUGAAGUUUGAGCAUGCCUUUUUCAUGAGAUAUACCUGUUAAAACAAUUAGGAUUAUGUUUCCACUUUCUUGUAUAAAUGCCUGAAACAAUUUGAAUUAUGUUCUUUGUUUAGAUGCCUACAUUGUUUUGUCUCCGAUUUUGUCAUUGUUCCCAUUAUCUGUAAUUCUUGUUAUCCUGUCAAUGGGAGUAUAAACACUGGUAAUUCUUGUUAUCUUGUCAGUGGGAGUGUAAACACUAACAAUUCCUAUUAUCCUAUUAGUAAGAGUGUAAACGCCAGUCAUUACUAAAUGAGGAGACCACUAAGAGAUUUUUUUUAUUAUGCAUUAUAGGAUUGAAAUAAGAAGCAUUGUUUUGAUGUUCCAUAUCCAUCAUGCUUUCUUUUAAAUUAAAGUGUGGCUACACAUAAUAAGAUUUAUCUCACAUUUUUUUUCUUAUUCACCAUUUCAGAUAACAGGACUUGAGCCUUGUACGCUUGUGUUGGUUGGGAUCAAGGCGAGUUACAUGCUGCUUGACUAUUAAAUUGGUUUUGAGCCUUGUAUGCUUGUGUUGGAUCCUCUCAUAGUAGUAUGACAUUUGUUUCGCUUGAGUUUUUGGGAUCAAGGCGAGUUACAUGCUGGUUGACUAUUAAAUUGGUUUUGAGCUUUGUACCCUUGUGUGGGAUCCUCUCCUAGUAGUAUGACAUUUGUUUCGCUCAUAAUUUUGAGACGUGACAAAAAAGUUUGUCACGUGUUACAUUUAUAUGUCUUCUCUAAUUUACUUUUUCGGCAUUCUUUUUGUCACAUGUCACAUUUAUAAGUCUUCUUUAAUUUACUU